AUGCUUCUUUCUGCACCGUUCAACGCCCUCCACCAAAGAUUAUGGCCCCAAUCAUCCAAUGACCCUCCAGCGUCUGACCUCAAUCCGCUCAUAGAGCCGCCACAACUCACGAAACUCGUCAAAACAACCCCUAUCUUGGCGGACGGAGGAAGACCAGUUCGGUACAUCGACCUGCGCGCCGCCCCUGAACUGGCUAUCGGCGAGCUGGAGAUCCCGCUCCUCAUACACGCGAAUAACGACUGUGCGGCGGUGCCGUUCGUGGUGCAGGACGAGUACCUCCUCUUGGCGGGACACAUAUUUGCCCAAGUCCGCUCGGAGACGCCGGUGGGAACACGGAGACUCUGGAAUAGCUUUUUCGUUACGGGACAUCAGGGAAUCGGCAAGAGCUUCUUCGCAUACUAUCUCCUCUUCCGUCUACUUGCCCUCGGCCAGGCCGUCAUAUUCUGCAGCUCCGUCCAUGAACCCGCGUACCUCUUCGACUCCAAUGGUGCCCGCCCAACUGCCCUUGCUCCGCAGAGCAAAGCCGCAGAAGAGGUGCUUGAAGGCUGUUGGGUCAUUCUCGAUAUCGACGACGCGAAAGAGUGGGAGCCGCCCUCAAAACUUGCAACUUUGGCACAAUGCAUCGUCUGGACUUCUCCACCGUAUGAAGAACGGGAACGGCACUUCCGCAAGCGAUUCGGCAGCCAGACGUGGUUCAUGCGGACAUGGGACGAGUGGGAGAUCAUGGCCGUAAGCAACCAACUCUCGCUCGACAAGACCAUCCUGGAGCGGACAGCGCGCCUGGCGGGGCCCGUCCCACGUGCGCUUUGGGGGAUCCAGAUGCAGCAAUACGACGCGUCGUACGAGCUGACACUCGACAGCGCUAUCGGUGCCGUCCUGUCCCACUGGCAAAAAACCAACGCAUUCGAUGCCCGAUACCUCCGGCCUGAGGACGUGUAUUCGCGCUACGAUGCUGUCCUGCGCCUCGAGCCGCGCCCCGACAAAAACACCCAAGCAUCUCAGAGAAGAAACUUUUCGGUGCAUUUUGUCUCGCCGUAUGUCGCCCAGAGGGCGCUGGCGCUGAUCACGCGCUUGCAUGCGGUUGCGCCACAGCUUUUUGGCGAGCGACUUCUGCGGAUGGUGGAGAGUUUACAGCCAGAAUAG